ACUCCACACAGGCGGGUCCGGGAUCCAACUCGGGACUUCAGAACUGUGAGGCCAACGCUUUACCAGCUGCUCCACCUUGCCGCCACAACAUUAAUUGGACACUCUAAAUUGCGCGUAGGUGUGAUUGUGAGUGCGACUGUUGGUCUCUAAGUGCCCUGCGAUUGGUUGGCGACCAGUUCAGAGUGUGCCCCGCCUCCUGCCCGCUGACAGCUGAGAUAUGCUCCAGCGCUGCCCGCGGCCCUUGUGAGGAUAAGCGGCUAAGAUUGAUGGAAUCCACUGGGACGCUUUUAUUUUGAAGGCCUGUCUAUUGACAGGAUGUCACAUCGACAUUGCCCCCAACUUGUCGGAGUGUUGCCGAGCACACCGGGAGGCUUAUUGCCUUGAAUUGUUAAUAAAACUUUGCAUUGCGUCCUUUACAGUAGACGCUGAAGUCGCUUCUUCCUCUUUUGUGUCUGCAUGAAUGUCGUGCAGUAUACUGCCUCCUGCUGGCCACACCAGGAGCAGCAUAAUGAAUUGGGCUCUGGUCUUGGGUUUUAAAUCUCGAAAAGUUCCCGUGGCCGCCGUUCGCCAUGGAUUUCCUCUUCCUCAACUCGUCGGCGCUGAUCAUCUCUCAGCGGCCCGCCAACGCCACGGCGCGGGAGCGCACGGUCUACGAGGGCUGCCGCGACAUGCCGGCCGUGCUCAUCUGGUACCUGGGCCUGCAGUUCAUCAACAUGUUCCUGGGCAUCCCGGCCAACAUCCUGGUCCUGUGGCUCAUCCGCAAGAACAAGGGGGACUCGUCCACGUCGGACAUCUUCAUCCUGCACUUGGCUGUUCUGGACGUGCUCUUCUGCCUCAUCCCACCGUUGGAGCUGGCUAACAUCGUGUUCCUCACCACCAGCACCACCUGGUACAUUUUGCGCUUCUUCUACGGCAUGAAGGACUCGUCGCCGCUGUUCCUCUCGUGCAUCUGCCUGGACCGCUACGUGGCCGUGGUGCACCCCAUCGCCUUCACCGAGCUCAAGGACCGCCGACACCGGGCCGGCCUGGCCGCGCUGGUCUGGCUCGUCACGCUGGGCUACGCCGCCGCCAAGUCCGUGGGCCGCAUCGUCAACUUCGAGAAGGUCUUCACCGCCAUGAUCCUGGCCGCCUUCGCCUUCAUGGUGUUCUGCAACAUCGCCAUCCUGUGGGUGCUGCGCCAGUCCGGCCCCGGGCGAGACGAAAUGCACCCUGUGAAGAAGCGAGCCUUCAAGAUGGUGCUGAUCAUCCUCGCCAUCAUCGUCUUCAACUACUUCCCGCCGGUGGCGCUCUUCCCCUUCCAGGACUACUUCUCGCCCGACGUCUUCCGUUGUUACAUCCACUACGUCGCCUUCGGUCUGAUGGACUUCAGCAGUAGCAUCCAGCCCAUGCUCUAUUUGUCUAAGGAGAAGGUGGCAUGUGCAGGCUGCUGCCAGGCCAAAGCCACGCAUCUCCGGUAGCUUCUACAUCGCAAAUCCGCCCCUCACAUUCCUCUCCUUUCCAGUGCAAGCCUCCCUCCAUCUUUCUAAUUGUUCCUCCACCUCCUCCCUGCUUUCACUCAGAUCAAAAUAUCAUCUGCGAACAUCGUAGGUCAAGGGGAAUCCAGUCUAACCUCAUCUAUCAGCCUAUCCGUUACUACGGCAAACAGGAAGGGGCUCAGGGCGGAUCCCUGAUGCACUCCCACCUGUAACUUAAAUUCUUCUGACACAUCUACACUGACACACCUGUUCUGCUGCCCUCUUACAUGUCCUGUACUAUUCUGACAUAUUUCUCCGCCACGUCGGACUUGCGCAUUCAGUACCACAGUUCCUCUCUUGGUACUCUGUCAUAGGAUUUCUGGACCUUAUUAGAUGAUGCACAAAAUAUUGCAGUUGCUGAGUGUAUUGUGCAUAGUUGGAGCUAUUGAAUGAUUGAAAUGUUUUUUUCCAAUCUUGCUGAGAAGUCAAAGCUACAAAAGUGAUAACAUACUAGUGUAACUUCCUAUAAGCGAGGGCCAUAUCUAGCCACACUGUGAACUUAAAAUUUAUUUCAGGGAUGGACGGAAGUAAACAAAGCUGUAUCAAAGGAUUGAAAGGAGGAGGGAAGGAUACAAGGCCGGUAUGAAAGGGUGAUAGGGGAGGAAGGAUGGACGGAAACGAUAGAAACAAGGAUCUAUGAAUGAUGGGAAGGAGAGAAAUGGGUGAUUGAGGGGAGGGUGUUUGGAAGGAGGGAUAAAUGAUGGAAGGAAACGAUUGUAUAAAAUGAAGGACAGGAGGAAGGAAGGCAACAAGGACGUUUGAAAGGAAGGUAAAAUGAUAGAAGUGACAAACAAGAUAGGAAGGAUGGGGUUAACUGUCACUUUUAGGGUCACCGCCUGUCAGCACAUUUGGCCUUGAAACCCAAAUUUGAAACACAAAGAGAGUGUAAAAACCCCAACCUUUACUUGAAAGUCCACACUGUAUUGGAUUUACGAGAUGAAACUUCAACAAAAUUGCAACAAUUGAUUGAAUUCAUCCCAACCACUGUACUGUAUAAUGAAUUCACGUCUUAAUAAAUUCACGUCUUCAAAACAUCUUGACAAUUUUUUUUUUGUUUAAAAAAAAAGUCAGUCCUUUUCGCUUUAAUCGUUCAAAUUUAAAUGGCGAAAAUUUCA